AUGCACCCGACCGUCACAGAACACGAUUACCGCUUUCCGCGAAGACCCGAUCCCCAUCGAAGUACCGACCGCAUUUUCGCCCGCAUGGAUUCGCAAGACGGCCAUGUCGCACUCACCAACGGCAAUGCCGCCGCCGCCGCUGCUAUGACGAGCGGGCAGCCAGCCUCGUCGUCAAAAAACAACAUCCUCAACGCCGCCCUGUUUGACGGGUUCCAAAAGGUGGAGGCGAGCUCGUCCGACCAGGAUAACGACUUCGAGAAGAUGCAGAGCGAAGAUCCGCUAGCCGCCCAGAUCUGGAAGUUCUUCACCAAGACCAAGCAGCAGCUGCCGAACCAGCAGCGAAUGGAGAACUUGACGUGGCGCAUGAUGGCUCUGAACCUGCGCAGGCGUCAGCAGCAGCAGCAGCAGCAGCAGCAGCAGCAGCAGAAGACGCACAACAGAUCUCUCUCCCAGCCGACUCAACCACAAAACACUCCCAGCGGCAUUGCCCAGCAGCUGCGAAAGACGUCCGACAUCCAUGCUCAGGGCAUGGAUGCCAUGAACAUUGACGACUUCAUCUUCGCCGAAGAGGGAGGAGCUUCCAUCAACGACACCUCACCGCAGCCUCCUGCAUCGUCUCUCUCCGGUCCCCAGACCGCCGCCAUCAAGACCAGCAAAUCAUCCAAGCCGCUGGCUUCGGCAAUCCCCAUCAAGGGCCGCAAGGGUUCUACCAAUCAGUUCGUAGCGCAGUCCGUCCCUGUGCCGCCACCUCACCAGCGGGGGCACAAUGAUGAAUUUCAUUACGUCCCUCGACAUGACAGGAAGACGAGUAUAGACGACCGCAGGACGAGGAAACGGCCUGCCAACUUCUCUCCACAUGUGAGUGCCAUCAACACUAGCUCAUCAGGCCUAAACCUCGACUUGGAGGCCGACUCUGAGCUCAAUGGAUACUCUCUCGACAACUCCAACGCAAUGCCCAUGCAGCACCAAAUGGCCAACAACCAAAGCUCGGCCUUUAAUUUGGAUGCCUUUAUGGACAAUGACCUUGGUUCCAGCCAUCACUUCCAAUCCAACUUCUCCUUCUCCCCUUCUACGUCUCCCAUGAUGCAGAAUGGUCCCUUUCAAUCCAUGUACGGCAACGCUGGGUUACAAUCUUCCCUUAACAACCCCGAUUUUUACUCUCCAACCGGCUCGGGCUAUCCGUCGGCAACCUCUACUCCCAUGCCCGACAGUGAAGGCGUCUACUUUGGCUCCCAGGAUAUGCAGCACCACCACCAGCACCACCGUGCGCAGGGUUUCCGACAGAGCUCUUCCAACAUCAACCAUCACAUGAACCACCCGUUCUUGUAUGAUGCCGCGCGUGGCAGCAGUGCCAACCCCAACAGCAACGGCGCCGUCUUCCCCGCCACAACUUCAAGCUCAGAAGCAGUGCCAGCGUUCAGUACCGGCCCAAGCUCAUUUGCGCACAUCGACCCAAGCCAAGUUUUCCAGACAGAUUCGCAGGUCGCAUCUCCUGUUCUGCCAAUGCAGCAAGGAAACAUGCUUGGCUUCGGAGGCGAGUCUGAUGAAGAUGAUGGCAAUGCCUUUUUGGACCGCGGCGGCGUUGGCCUCCACGGCGACUUCACAUCUGCCGUCGACGAGGCCGGGUCUUUUGGCUGGGAUGCCUCGCUCCCAGGCCAGUUCAGCACGCAAGCUGCUCGCUUUCCCGGCGGCCCGACUCGCAAGCAAGUUCAGAUCGGCGGCAUUACGACUGAUUACGUCGACACCAGUGGUGACUGGGACGGCAACAACCUGAGCCGAUCACACUCGCAGUCGCUUGGUAUGGGCAACGACAAGCGACAGAAUAGACUCCCUCGCAACUCGUCAACUCCCUCGCACAUGGCGACCAAGCACAGCGGCUUCGAGCAGAUUGCCCAGUCGCUCCCCAGCUCUCCGGGUGGCCAUGCUCCGGGAACCGCUUCGGGCUUCUCGUCAGUUGCGCCAAGCAGGCCAACUUCACCGCCCCCAAGCUCCAAGCAUGGCUCCUCGACCAAUCUGCAUGCGGUUAGUGGUAACCCCGGCGAGAGCAGCACUCCCACCACUUGCACCAACUGCUUCACCCAGACGACUCCGCUGUGGAGACGAAAUCCCGAGGGUCAGCCUCUCUGCAAUGCCUGUGGCCUCUUCCUAAAGCUCCACGGUGUCGUGCGUCCUCUGAGCUUGAAGACAGACGUCAUCAAGAAGCGAAACAGAGGGUCUGGCGCCAAUCUUCCCGUCGGAGGAUCGCGGAAAAAGAAUGGCACUGGCUCCAAUGCCGCCUCGAGAAAGAACUCUACGCUGUCCAUGUCUGCCGCUGCCGCUGCCGCUGCCGCCGCCGCUGCUCCUGUGACAAAUAGCCAAGUUGUGACAACGCCGCCAUCGGCAACUCGACCCAGCAGCAACAGGGAUGGUGACAGCCCCAGUAGCAGCGGACAGCACACCGCAGGCAGCACGCCGGGUAGCCAAUAUGGAGGGGCCACCAUAGUGGGUGGUAAAGGUGUUGUGCCAAUCGCUGCUGCGCCGAUGAAAACAACGCCAGGACCUGGAGCUGGAGCUUCAUCGUCCGCAUCUCGGCCGGCCACGGCGCCGUCCAAGAGGCAGCGCAGGAACAGCAGGAGCGAGGAACCCGUUGGGCGACAACUCGGCACGACCCCCAGCAUGCCUUCCAUCUCCAGCGCCAUGAUGUCGAAUAAUAACUUCGCCAUGGGCCAACGCUCCAUGAUGGGAUCAAGCAUGGUGUCUUUGGGCGGUGCCCAAUCCAACCUGGUCAACAGCGCCGGCGGCUCAUCAGGCCCUCAGGAAUGGGAGUGGCUGACUAUGAGUCUUUAA